GUGCCGCGCCAGCGCCCGCCUGUUGUGUUUCUGUUGCCGCCCGCCAUCUUGUCGCCAGCGCUGCGGCCGUCGGGGGAGCCGCGGGGCGGCGCGGCGCCUGCGGCCGGGCCCGCGCACCGGGGAGCGGCGGCGGCGGCGCCGGGGCCCGCGCCAUGAGCAUCGAGACUCUGCUGGAGGCGGCGCGGUUCCUGGAGUGGCAGGCGCAGCAGCAGCAGACCGCACGUGAGGAGAAUGAGCAGCACGAGAAGCUCCGCCUGGAGAGGGAGCAGGAGCAGAAGAAGGCCGGCAAGGCCAGCGCGCCGCGGGCCAACAGCGCCGUUCCCCCCGAGGAGCCCCGCAGCGAACUGCUGGUGCCCAUCUCACCCCCGGCCCCCCCGCCCCCCCCGCCCCUGGCAGCCCCCAUUUCAGUCAUUCCCAUCCCCGUUGUCACCAGCCCGCCCCAGCAGGCGCAGACCGCCCUGUCCCCGCCGCUCGUCCAGCGCCACCAGCCCCUCGUGAGCACUCCCGGCGUCACCAAGGACGCGCCGUCGGUCGCGCCAGUCAUCCAGCGGCCGCCGGGGCCGCUCCUGCCGGACGGGAAAGCCGCCACCCCCCCGUCGGGCAGCCCGAAGCAGCUCCAGCAUUACGCAGCGCCCGUCCUGGCCAUCUCCCAGCACCAUGUGGUUCAGCAGCCCAUCCAGCCCCAGCCCCAGCCGCCCCUGCAGCACCCGGGAGCGCCCGCGCCGCUCGGCAUGCUGAAGCUGGCUCCAGCAGAAGACACGAAACCAAAUGAGCAGAAGAAGAGACCUGGAGGGGUUGGGACCAGGGAAGUACAUAAUAAAUUGGAGAAGAACAGACGGGCUCAUUUGAAAGAAUGCUUUGAGACAUUAAAGCGCAACAUCCCCAACGUCGACGACAAGAAGACCUCAAACCUCAGUGUCCUAAGGAGUGCCUUGAGAUACAUCCAGACUUUAAAGAGGAAGGAAAAAGAGUAUGAGCAUGAGAUGGAGCGGCUGGCGAGAGAGAAGAUUGCUACCCAGCAGCGCCUGGCGGAGCUGAAGAACGAGUUGAGCCAGUGGAUGGACAUCCUGGAGAUCGACAGAAUUAUCCGACAGACAGUUCAGCCAGAGGAUGACCAGGCAUCUACCUCGACUGCAUCAGAGGGCGAAGACAACAUGGAUGAGGACAUGGAAGAUGACAGGCCAGUGAACUCAUUACCAAAACUAACCCAGCGGCAGCACCCGGAGCUGCUGAAAGCCGUCCCCACAAACGCUGCUUCCCACCACCCGGCGGUCCUGCCUCAGCACCUGCCCAUCCAGCAGAAACAGACCCCAGCCCACCCUCCGCCUCCCAUCCAGACACAAGCACUGGUCCAGCCACAGGCGAUCGUCCCCGCACAGACUCACAUCGUGGCGGCUUCGACAGUGCAAUCGACUGUUAUAGCCCACACGGCCACUACCCACGCUUCGGUCAUCCAGACUGUCAACCACGUGAUUCAGGGUCCACAGACCAAGCACAUUGCUCACAUUGCACCUUCCACAUCCAGCCCUGUGCAACUCACCACUGCUGCUCAGCCUAUCGGCCACAUCACUGUGCAUCCAGCCACCAUCAACCACAUGGCCCACCUCGGCCAGCAGCUGCCCAUCUACCCUCAGCCCGUGGCCGUCAGCCAGCCCGUCGUGAGCCACAUUGCUCACACGAUCUCGCACCAGCAAGUGAAUGGAACCACGAGUCUUGGCCAGCAGGCGGUGAUGGCCAAGCCUGCUGUAGGAACCCAAGUUGUCCAUCACCCGCAGUUAGUGGGGCAGACGGUCCUAAACCCGGUGACUAUGGUGACCAUGCCGUCGUUCCCCGUGAGCACGCUGAAGCUGGCCUAGAGGGGACCGUCCGGCGGCGAGGUCUUUGUUGGGAACCUUUCCUAAACUCCAUACAUUCCAACCAGGUCCGGCCCCGCGGGAGGGAGGUGCAGAGGCGCCGGGGGGCCGGGCCGGGCCGCGCAGCCCCCGGGGCCGCCCUGGAGCCGGCAGCCGGGGACGGGCCCCUCUGCACUUGAAUUUUGGUAAUUGAGGAGACUUCAGAGACAGUCGUUAUGGUGAUUUUUUUUCCUUUUAUGUGUAAUCAGUGGAUAUGGAUAUGAUGUUCUUCAGACUUUUAAUUUCCCCCUUUCAUGUGUUGCUUCUUUGUAGAAUAAAAAUUGCUGAUCUCUUUAUUGAGACAUUGCGUAGAAUGGGAAAAAAAACCAACCAUAGAAGUCUAUAUUUAUAUAUAUGUGUGUAUGUGUGUGUAUAUAUAUGUAUAUACAUAUAUAUAUAAAUAUAACGUUUGAAGAAGGCCUUUUGUAAGGUUGAUUAUUUUGCAGGAUUAUUAGACAAAAUUCAUUUUUGGAGGAAGGAGACAGAGUGUCCUCUCUAAACAGGAAACUUUAAGAUAGAUGGUUUGGUGGACCAGGGUACAUCUGCAGUGACAAAAGAACCCCCAACACAAGUUAAACCGUGUCAAAGGUAUUUCCCGUCAAUAUCGUACAUUUCAAAAACCAUCUACAAUCACUGUGACUUGUUAUGGCAUUUUAAGAAAAUUCUCUGUCCUGUCUAAUAAAAGGAAAAAGAAUACACAACCAGA